AUGAUCUACCAGGAAGACAAGCGCACGUAUGAUGGUGAAUGGCGUCAUGGACGGUGGCACGGGUUCGGCCGGGCCACUUUUGCUAACAACGACAAUUACGAGGGCGAGUACCGUUUUGAUCAGCGCCACGGUCGCGGUUGCUACAAUUGGAGUGACGGUCGCAUAUACGACGGAUUGUUCCGCGAGGACAAGCGUCACGGACAGGGUAAGUUUACGUGGCCCGACGGUGCAGUGUACGAUGGCGAGUUCCGCAAUGGCCAGCGUGAAGGUCACGGCGUCUACAAAUUCAGUGACGGCGGUCGGUACGAAGGCUCUUGGAAGGACGGACGCUACAAUGGUUUUGGUAUUUGCAAUUGGGAAGAUGGUCGCACGUACAAGGGUGAAUGGCUGAAUGGAAUGGCCCACGGCAAAGGUGUCGAAACGUAUGCGAACGGCGGCGUGCGUCACGAUGGCCAGUGGAUCGAGGAUGAGCCUAUUACUUAG